GAUCUCAAUCUGGCUCUUGACUCAGCUGUGAAUCUGAGCCUGAUUUUUUUGUUUACUAUUUCACCUCUACAGGGACUUCCAUCCCCCUUGGCCUGUCGUCGCGCUCCUGAACAAUGAGGACCCCCUCACUGUUUAGGCCUGCGACGGCUGGCUUGUCGGCCGCCCUCUACCUUUGGUCGCUCCUCGAACCCGCCCACGGUCUCUCGUUUAACUCGGUCUCGGAACCCGAAUUGGAUUUGACGCCCCUGGGAAAAGUCGCUCUCACCGGAGAUUUCGAUGCGGUCUCGAUCUACGCUUACACCGAACAAUCCGUGACGGCUUCCGUGCAAGAGGGGUCCCAGUCCAUCCUCACGCCUCUCCCCAAUGGAAUUAUUACGACGCUGUCGGUGGCGGAUGCGGACAUUCGUGUGAUGUGUCCGUUUACCCUGAAAGAUGGAACGUUUAAGGGCAUAUUCCUCGGCGGCAAUUUCACCAGCCUCGGAGACGUCGAAACACAAGGCGCCGCGUUGUUUGACCCCGAAUCGAAGAAAGUGACGGCGCUCCCUGGUCUUUCUGGCUCUGUGUCGGCCUUGUUGUGCGACAAGGAUUCCGACCGUGUCUAUGUGGGUGGAGACUUCAGGUACAAGAAUACGUCGCACGCCGUCGCAUGGGAUGACGGUAAGGGCUGGUCGAGUUUGUCUUUCGGCGGAUUCAAUGGCCCCGUCUCGUCGAUUCUGAAGGGCGACGAUGGGAACGUUAUCUUUGGUGGUUUGUUCGACGGCAUUGGGAACUCUACCUCGUCGAAGAAGAACGAGCAAAUUGUCAACAUCCAGAACGCCACGAUUACUUCCGACGCGACGUCUUCCCGAAGUGGCCUGAGCGAUCCUCGAAACAUUUUGUGUCAAACGAGCGGCAAAGAUGGCGAGGGUAAAACAUGGCUUCUCGCCGACAAUUCCCCCGGGUUCUGGCGGGCGGAAAUGCGCUUCGGAUACAACCCAACCAAAAUUCGCCUCUAUAACACCCACUAUGAAGGAAGGGGCACGAAGGAGUUCUUGUUGCGAGCACUUCCGGACAAUGGGAUUAUGAACCUCACCUAUAGCGAGCCUGGCUCCCACGAUAAGAAGUAUUGCGAUUCGACCUGCCCGCUCUCGAGCAACUCGAGUGAGAAGUACCGUGAUUUCCAUUUCGUGAACGGCGUUGGCAUGCGUGGUUUUCAGAUCGAGAUCCAGAAGUGGUAUGGCGAUGGUGGUGGUCUGAAUGGGAUCGAAGUCUUUGAGGAUGAUAUCUUCGCUUAUGCCGUGAGCGAUUUCAACGAACCCACAUGCGGCGAUAUCAAGUACCCGUCCAAAACAUCUCAGAAAGGCUCUUGGUCUCACACAAAGUCCGAUCAGAGCCAGUCCGACUAUUUGACCGCCGAGGUAACCGACACUUCGGCCGACAGCACGUCCGUGGUCUUCGAACCUGACAUCAAACGGUCGGGCAACUAUUCGAUCAUUAUCUACACCCCAGGCUGCAUUCAAGAUGGGACGUGCGGUUCCCGCGGCAUCGUCAAUGUCACCGGCACGGUUUCGACCCGCUCGAAGAAUGACAAGCCGAUUGAAAAGCUUAUUUACCAGACCAACUACUACGAGAAGUACGACACUCUCUACACUGGCCACGUGGACGCCAGCGACAGCUCGUUUCGCCCCAGCGUAACAUUGACGCCGAAGUCUGGUCAGGGAGACCUCACGGUUGUCGCAUCCCGGGUCAGGUUUAACCUGAUCCAUGCUUCUGGUGGUCUGAACGGAGAAUUGAAUGGCCUUUAUGACUUUGACCCCGAGUCAAAGGACACUAACUCGAAUUUCACCGACUCCGCUGUCAAUAGAGCGGGCCUGAGCUUGGACGAGGAGGCCUCGAUUAAGAGCUUGGUUAGCCAUGAUAAUGCCGUCUACGUCGGCGGGAACUUCUCCAGCUCUGAUGUUGACAACGUAAUGUUCUUCGAGAAGAACAAGAACGCCACGUCACUGCCUCAGGGCGGCUUGAACUCGGAGGUGACCUCGAUGACUGCCCUCGACAAGGUUCUCUAUGUAGGAGGAAACUUCACGGAUACGUCGGAUGGCGGCAACGAGCAUCUCAAGCAUAUCGCAGCUUACACUUUUGGUUCCAAGUCUUGGUCAGCCUUAGGGGGCGGUGUCAACGGCCCGGUCUCGCAGGUCCUUGCUCUCACUCUGAAUGUAUCGUCCGAAAUCAACGAGACCAUCAUCGGAGUCAGCGGAGAUUUCGAUCAACUGCUUUCCUUCGACAAGACCCCGUCGACCAACGUCUCGGGUUUUGCUGUCUGGGUGCCCUCGCGAAAGAAUUGGCUGCAGAACCUUGAUGUCAACCAGAUGGAGUUUGCCGGGCAACUAUCGUCGUUUGCAAGGGUGGAUAACACGACUCUGCUUGCGGGUAAUCUUGCUUCGGCGGGUAUCGCUGCUGCUGCUGCCGUGUCUUUACUCUACGAUGACGGCCUGGAUUUGGACCCUCUGCUCUCCAGCACCAAUUCGAGUGGUAGCACUCAUACUGGUAUUUACGACUCCAGCUCCGACCGGAACCUCACGAUUUUGGGAGGUCACUUUACAACAAUGUCCAACAAUGGGUCCGAAGUCGAGAACAUCGCCAUUCUUGAUGGCACCAAGGGUACAAUCUAUGGCCUCGGAGCAGGAAUUGAUCGCAACUCGACUGUUUUAGCCCUCGCCGUUUCCGAGGACUGGCUGUAUGCCGGAGGUAACCUGACCGGAACUAUUGGUGACUCAGUCUUGAACGGACUUGUCAUCUAUGAUCUCGAAAACGGAACUUAUGCGCAAAAACAGCCGACGCGAUUCACCGGCGAGGAUGUCACCGUCAAUGCCAUCGCUCCACGCCCGGGUUCGAGUCAAAUCUAUGUCGGCGGUAACUUUGACAGUGCCGGAGCCCUUCCUUGCGCGGGAGUGUGUAUGUAUGAUCCAUCCGAGUUACAGUGGAACAGAAUGGGAGGAGAUUUUAGUGGUUCCGUCAUAGCCCUCUCAUGGAUGAACAAUCACAAAAUGUUGGCAGCCGGAAACUUGAGCGUCGAUGGCAACCGUUCGGUUGUGGCCACCUACAACGCCAAGAAGGCAGAAUGGACCGCGUUCGAAGGGGCAUCGGCUUCGGACAUCCCAGGAACUGUAACCGCCUUUUCUCCAGCCAGCAAAGACGUGUCCACCUUUUGGCUGGCGGGUGAAACCAAUAAUGGGUCCAGCUUUUUGGCAAAUUAUGAUGGAUCCGAGUUUCAAUUUACCGCGGACGUCUUUGAACAAGGAACUUCAAUUCAGGGUCUCGAGGUCAUUCCCUUGUCCGAAAAGCACGACAGCGUCAACAUGCUGAACAAGGAUCUGAUUCUCCUGAUUACCGGGCAACUGGUGAUCCCGGGUUUCGGCAAUGCGUCGGCGGCACUUUUCAACGGAACUGUCCUCAGCCCUUUCAUCUUGACGACCGGGUCUGAUGGCCGACCGGGCAGCAUGUCCAAGAUCUUCUACGAAAAGACCAAUCCUUACACCAGCGAAGGGAAACACCGUUCGAACGGCAUUGUUGUGUUGAUAUCAUUCUGCCUUGCACUUGGCUGCGUGUUCCUCAUUGUCAUUGCCGGUGUGAUCUUCAAUAAGAUUCAACGCCGCCGUCAAGGCUACAUGCAGGCUCCGCAAACGUACGGCACCGAUCGACCAUCGAACAUGCAACGGCUGCCUCCCGAGUACCUUUUCAAUACAUUGCAGCAACGCAACCCGGCCGCGCCAGUAAUAUGAGCUUUGAACAUUCGUCGUGACGAUCCCGUUGGUGCAAUUUAAGAGAAUGAUCAUUUCCUUUCUUCUUUCU